GCAUUUGAAUAUAUUAAUGAAAAGUUGUGUGAAAAAAAAGAAAAAAACACUUCAUCGACAUCAAAAUGAAGACGUUUACUGGCCGUUCUUUACAGCUUCCAUGGAUAAAACUGUAUACCUCCUGGGCUUAUUACAACUGGACCAAGUUCGGAAGCCAAGUGGCAAAUACACUACCGAUAAAAAUAUCGAUUGAAGAACAGUAUCCAUCAUCUGUGAAUUAAUUUAUUGCUUUACAAAACCCAUCUCUUGUUCAAAGUAAUAUCUAUUCAAAUGUUGCAUUACAUAUAAAAUUUGGCUUUCGCUUCACUGAUGCUUUAUCCACUUGAAUGUACUACUAUUUAAACCAUUUAUCACCGAGUUAAUGAAACUAUCUUUGCAGAAAAUUCAAAGUUCAUUAUUUCUUUACCAAUAUGUGUACAGUAAAGUUACAUUAUCU